CUCAAUCACACUUCGCUUUCUUUCCCCACCCCACAAGCCGCUUCAACGUUCUCAGCAAACAGAGCAAACCAGGGCGAGAGCAAGUACAACCCACCUGCCCCAGGGGAGGAGAGUGAACCUAGAGAGAGGGACGGCUAUGGGGGAGAUGGGAAGGAGCUCCAUACUGGUGCACAUUCUGGUGAUCGCCCUCUGCCUGACCGCCUUCGGCUUCGCCAUCGCCGCCGAGCGCCGCCGAAGCACGGGUUCAAUAGUUACGGACAGCUCCAAUACAACAUUUUGUGUUUAUGAUUCCGAUAUUGCUACUGGCUAUGGUGUUGGUGCUUUCCUGUUUCUUCUCUCAGGCCAGUCACUGCUUAUGGGUGUUACGAGAUGCAUGUGCUUUGGCACACCACUUGCACCAGGUGGAAGCAGAGCCUUUUCCAUUAUAUACUUUGCAUCUUCAUGGAUCACAUUUGCAAUUGCGGAGUCCUGCUUGAUUGCUGGAGCAACGAAGAACGCAUACCACACCAAGUAUAGAGAUAUGGUAUAUGCGGGUAACUGGACUUGCCAGUCUCUGCGCAAAGGAGUGUUUAUUGCCGGAGCAGUCUUCGUGGUGUUCACCAUGAUUCUAAACGUGUACUUCUACAUGUACUACACAAAGGCGACAAGCCAAGCUUCGAAAAAGAUCAGCAAGACAACCCCCAGUGUUGGCAUGGCUGGCUAUGCAUGAGGAACCUGAUAUGACUCGUCUGAUAAAAACCUAUCUCUAUUUGUGAUAUCUUCCGUAACAUUGCGGUGAGCGCUUUUAGUAGAAUCUGGGACAUAGUUUCUGGCAAAUGUACUCUUUUAAGGCGAUACUUCUUAGGAGGUAAGAAACGAGAACAAAUAUGGAUUGGCUAUUUGUAAUAUGCGCUGCUAGCUUUUGGAUGUCUUCAAUGCUUCAAAUUAAUCCAUUGUUAAUGUCGCCA